AUGCAAUAUCAGUACCAUGACUAUGAAGGGAGAACAGAAUUUUUUCACAAUAAUAUUUCCAGUGGGAGUGUGGCCUUGAGGCUUCAUCAUAUCCGGUCCUCUGAUGAAGGAAAGUACCGGUGUUCCUUCGCAAGUGUUACUGAUCGUCAAGAAGCCGAGUUCCAAGUGUAUGUGACAGGCACAGGCUCUGCUCCUCACAUAUACAUUGAGGAAGAUGGAAAUAAAAAUUUUCGGCUGGUAUGCACAUCUACAGGGUGGUACCCAGAGCCUGAAGUGCAAUGGAUGAAAAACCAGGAAAAUCUAUUGUCAUCAGGGACGAUGAUCAAGAAGAAAGAGAAUGGGCUAUUCUCUGUUGAAACAUCGAUCUCAGUGUCUGCCAAUUCCAAAGACCAUAUUUCUUGUUCCAUUUGGAACCCUUUCCUCAGCCAAGAGUUGGAAGCAAGUGUUUCUCUAGCAGAUGGUUUGUGUCCAAAUGACCUUUCCUGGAUGGUGACAUCGAUUGUGACUAUGGUGCUCUUAAGCAUUGCAGUUUUCAUCCUCAUUUUUCAGAACCGGAAGUUAAAAAAAGUAAAAGGUUUAUCUCCAGCCCCAAGAUGCUUCUGCUGCAUGCUCCCGGUCAAGUUCGCACUUAUCCUUGAUUCAGGCAGGAAGUGCAAUGCCUGCAAGCGAGAUGAUGAAACUGCGAACAUCAAAAAGAGCAAAGUCCAAGGUACCAUUGAGAACCUGACCAAACACAGGGAAGAAGAAGAUCGGAGGAAGGCAGUGGAAGAGAAAGCCAAGAGAAUGGCCCGGGAGAAGGAGGAGCAGGAGGAGGCCCGCAGGAAGCUGGAGGAACAACUCAGAACCAAGAAGCAAACUCCAUCUCCUCCUCCCAGUCCGCAGCAGCCAACCGAGGAGAGGCCACCCACCAGCCCUGUCUGUGAGGAUGUUGCAUCUUAUGAGGCUGAGCCAGGUUACAAGGACCAUGGCACAACAUAUUCUGGGCUGGAGCAAGAGUCCGAGUACACAGCAGUGCAGUCAGACUGUCAGGAGACAGUGAACCAGCAGGAGCCUGGGGCCAUCUAUAAGACCACAGAGUUGAUGGCUCCCAAUCAAGAAGAGGAAAAUACAUAUGAUGAACAUGAAAAUGCCCUUGGGAUCACAGCCACAGCCCUCUCUGAUCAUCAGGCUGCGAACAUCAAAAAGAGCAAAGUCCAAGGUACCAUUGAGAACCUGAUCAAACACAGGGAAGAAGAAGAUCAGAGGAAGGCAGAGGCAGAGAGAGCCAAGAGAAUGGCCCGGGAGAAGGAGGAGCAGGAGGAGGCCCGCAGGAAGCUGGAGGAACAACUCAGAACCAAGAAGCAAACUCCAUCUCCUCCUCCCAGUCCGCAGCAGCCAACCGAGGAGAGGCCACCCACCAGCCCUGUCUGUGAGGAUGUUGCAUCUUAUGAGGCUGAGCCAGGUUACAAGGACCAUGGCACAACAUAUUCUGGGCUGGAGCAAGAGUCCGAGUACACAGCAGUGCAGUCAGACUGUCAGGAGACAGUGAACCAGCAGGAGCCUGGGGCCAUCUAUAAGACCACAGAGUUGAUGGCUCCCAAUCAAGAAGCUGGUGACAAUUAAAUUUCGUUUGAUCCUGAUGACAUCAGCACCAACAUUGAAAUGAUUGAUGACGGCUUGUGGAGAGGCAUGUGUAAAGGCCGAUAUGGGCUCUUCCCAGCCAACUAUGUUGAGCCGAGACAGUAGCAAAGAUGCUUUAAUGCCAUAGUCGACAAGCCUUAUUUCUCCACAAUAGAGUCAUGCUUCAUGGAGGAUGGAGAGAAGACGACACAUAUCGCUUUCAUAUUCAGUAUUUUUGCUGAUACUCUUAAGAAUGUUUAAUCCUCAGAAUUUGCUAAUGUAUUGUAAUCAUGUUUCUUUGGAAGACUUGGGUGAUGGUGUUUAGUAUUUAAGGCCUUUUCUUUUCUUUUUUUUUUUUGCCAAAUGGAAUGGUUGUAGAGGGGAGACCUUGGGACUUGUGAGUUUUCCUGUGAAGUACUUGUCAAUUAAGAAACUGAGGGGGCAGCUAGGUGGCACAGUGGAUAAAGAACCAGCCCUGGAUUCAGGAAGACCUGAGUUCAAAUUCAGCCUCAGACACUUGACAUUUACUAGCUGUGUGACCCUGAACAAGUUACUUAACCCUCAUUGCCCCACAAAAAAAAAAUGGCCAAGUGAAAAAGCAAAAAGCUACCCACUGUCGCUCUCCCAGAUUUUCCCCUCCAAACUGACAUAGAACUCUCUCUGAAUCAUCCAAGGAGCAGGGAAAUAGCCUACUAGCCUGGCAGGAAAGGUCUGUCUCACCUGGGUGAAAGAGAAGUGAGGUGCAGGAGUAGUAGCAGCAGUAGCUGCUGAUGCUUCAGGGCUCACAGGAGGGGGGGCCUAAAGCAGGGCUCUGAGCCUGGGGCAAUCUACCAGUGAGGCUCUACCCACCUGCAAAUGAGCAGCUCUCUGGGCAGGUGAGCAGUGUGGUCAACUUAGCAGGGACCCUCACCAGGUAUUCCAAAGCUAGCACAGACCGCCAGGGAGGCUUUGACCCCACUGCUGACAAGUAGUGAAGCUCCAACAAACACUGGUCAAUAGCAAGUUCCCACCCCUGUGAUCUUCCAGCAAGAGACUCAUUCCAGGGCAAACCAGCCUCAGGGACUCAGCAGAUCGCAACAAAAUUACCCUUCCAGGGCCUUCUAACAGAGUGACUGGUGCCAUAGCAACCCAGCAACAGGACCUCUUCCUACCCCUCUCCUCCUCCCACACACACACUUGAGUAGAUUGGAAACAAAAUUACUCCUCCAGGACCUACUAACAGAGAGGCCUUGCUAACCGAGUAACCCAGCAGCAAGGUACCACCCCUGGGACAAACCAACAACAAGAAAGAAUUUGUUAAUUUUAUCAACCCAAGAAAAGCAAGCUGCUAAGCUCUGAAGCCCAGUGAAAACCACCAAUAAGGCCCAGAGUCUCAGCACAAACCUUUGGACAGUUUAGGAAGAGAACCCAAUGUGAAUAAAAGUAUCAAGGCACAAAAAUGAGCAAAAACAACAAGAGCAACAACAAAAUCUUGACUGUUGACAGUUACUACAGUGAUAGGGAAAAUCAAGGCAUAAACAAAGAGGCAGCCAAUAGUAACAAAAUAGCUACAGGUGAAGCUUUAAAGAAAAAUGCAAAUUGAUCUCAGGCCCAAAACGAAUUCCUGGAAGAGCUUAAAAAAAGACUUCAAAAAUCAAAUGAGAGAAGUGGAAGAAAAAUUGGGGAAAGAAAUAAAGA